CAUCGGAGUACCGGACAGAGCUAGCUCGUCCGCAUUGCUGUAUUCGUCUACACGCCAGCGUGUCAGAUCGUCUAUUCAGCCAUUCGAGCCAUUCAAGAAACGCAUAUUCAGUGGUUGGAGUGCCCGGCCGGAGUGUGUCGCGAGAGUUUUCCGAUUUUUACGGUCCGGUUAACAUCAACGCGUCGUUUCUUUCCUUCAAUUUGGAGAAUCGAGCUUUUCCCGCGCUUCGCACCAAGUCAAUUUGCACCUGUUAAAUACCACGCCACUUUCACUCUCGACGUGUCCUGUUUGCAUAAAUCUCACGGCACAAAUGAUGAAAGGCCGUCAUCAGUUUCGCCGUCGCUUCAGUUUGCAACCUUCGGCACAUUUGAAAGAAGAACAAGAGGAUGGAACGGCAAAGAAUGUCAGAAACGACAGAUUGUCAGAAUCGGACAGUGGUGGUGGAAAAUCGGCCGAGAGUUCGAUUCGACAUAAAAUCGUGAUGAUGGGCGCAGCGAAAGUCGGCAAGUCAGCAAUAAUUAACCAGUUUCUUUACAGUACAUUCACGCCGAAGUACAAGCGCACCGUCGAGGAGAUGCAUCACGGUGAUUUUAACGUUUCCGGGAUCCAGUUGACUCUUGACAUUCUAGACACAUCCGGCUCAUACGAAUUUCCGGCAAUGAGAGAUCUCUCGAUUAAAUCAGCUGAUGCCUUCGUUCUGGUUUACGACGUCAAUGAUGCUAAUACGUUUCUCGAAGUGAAGACCCUCAGGGCUCAGAUACUCAGCACGAAAGGAGCCGUCCCCAUAGUAGUCGUUGGUAACAAAAUUGAUCUCGUAGAAACGGAACAGGAGGUGGAGACCGAGAGCACGAGAGAGUUAGUAACUAUAAAAUGGGAAAACGGCUUCGUGGAAGUGUCCGCGAAGGAAAACCUAAAUAUCUCUCAAGUAUUUAAAGAGCUUCUCAUCCAAGCCAAGCUGAAGUAUAAUCUAAGCCCGGCGUUGCAACGUCGCCGCCGGCAGUCCCUACCACCUCCCCAGCAUCUGAAUUCGCGCAGUAGCAGUGCCCACGUGCCAUCACCAGCUCAGCUGCAACAUUUGCAACAGAUUCGAGAACGCUCCGAUUCGAAAAGAAAUUCUUGCAUUCUGUCGUAAAGCGAAAUUUUUUUAGAAUUGCCACGGAAAAUCUCCCAUGAUAUCACGGUGUCUAAUCUAAGAAUUCAAGUGUGACAGAUGAUAGAUAACUAUAAUUGACCUGAAAUAGAGCUUUAUUUUCGGGCUAUGGAUACGUUAUAAUGGCUAUGGAUAUCAAUUAUGCAAAAUUUCGAUAAUUCACGCGAAGCCGCGAAAAGUAACGGUAAUCGGUAUUUCGUCCAUUGCAAAUAUAAAUCGCAAAAUAUUUAAGCGAGUAUAAAAAUUGUGCACAUGUUCGACAAAGUUUUGUUCUGACGUCACGUAAUUAUUUUUAUAUAUUGAAAUGACGCAAUCUUCUACGUGAACAGAUAUGUAUGUAUAUAUAUAAUUAAAAAUGACUUUUCAUAUAUAUAUGAA